ACUCCUGUGUCGUGGGCGGGAGGCGAGGGCGAGUUUUUGGGAGCGCAAACGGUCCACGGGGGAGGAGCAAUAGGCAUGAAGGCGGGGCUAUAACCUAUCAGCUCGAUGUCCAGCCAAUCCGCAGAGGCGAGGGGCGUGGCUCCACCCCGUGGUGGGUGUGUCUCGGGACAAGUAGCCGCGGGGAGCAAUGGCAUGAAUGCGGCGCCGCGUGCGCGUCGGAGCAGAGCGCGCGGCGGGAAGUACGCGCGCACGCUCACGUGAACCUGUGCGCGCCUUGUUGUGGCGGCAGCGGCGGCGCCUCGCGAAGAGGUCGGGAAGCGCGGGCAGAACACUGGAAAAGUGUCACAGGAAGACGCUCCUUCCCGGGAUGUUGUGCUGGACAUGUGAAUGAAGGAGCAGCGGCGGCAGCGGCGGCAGCAGCAGCGCGAUGAAGCUCGUCCUCCCCCUCCUGUACCGCUUCGGGCUUCUGUGCGCCGCGCUCGUGCCCCCGGCGAGCUCGUCGCAGGCAGUGUGCGCCGGCACGGAGAACAAGCUGAGCACGCUUUCGGACCUGGAGCAGCAGUAUCGCACUCUGCGCAAGUACUAUGAGAACUGCGAGAUUGUGAUGGGCAACUUGGAGAUCACCAGCAUUGAUCGCAAACGUGACCUCUCUUUCCUCCAGUCCAUUCGGGAAGUGACGGGCUAUGUCCUGGUGGCGCUGAACCAAUUCGAUUACCUGCCUCUGGAUAACCUGCGUAUCAUUCGUGGCACCAAGCUGUACGAGGAGCGCUACUCCUUAGCCAUUUUCCUCAACUACCGCCGUGAUGGCAACUUUGGGCUGCGGCAGCUGGGCCUCCAGAACCUCACAGAGAUCCUCAAUGGUGGCAUCUAUGUGGACCAGAACAAGUUCCUGUGCCAUGCCGAUACCAUCCAUUGGCAGGACAUUGUCAAAAAUUACCGCUCUGAACUCCUUGUGGUUCCCACCAACAGCAGUACAGGAUGUAGCCGGUGCCAUCGCUCUUGCAAUGGGCGCUGCUGGGGUCCACAGGAAGAUCAGUGCCAGACCUUAACAAAGACGGUGUGUGCCGAGCAGUGUGACGGCCGCUGCUUGGGCCCCUACGUCAGUGACUGCUGCCAUCGGGAGUGCGCUGGUGGUUGCUCCGGCCCCAAGGACUCCGACUGCUUCGCCUGCACAAACUUCAAUGACAGCGGCGCCUGCGUGACCCAGUGUCCCCAGCCCUUUGUUUACAAUCCGACCACCUUCCAGCUGGAGCACAACCCCAAGGCCAAGUACACCUAUGGAGCCUUUUGUGUCAAGAAAUGUCCCCACAACUUUGUGGUGGACCACAGCUCCUGUGUGCGUGCCUGUCCUAGUAACAAGAUGGAAGUAGAGGAGAACAACAUAAAGAUGUGCAUCCCUUGCACUGAUAUUUGUCCUAAAGCCUGCGAUGGCAUUGGCACUGGCAGCCUGCACACUGCGCAAACAGUGGACUCCAGCAACAUCGACAAGUUUCUCAACUGUACCAAGAUCAAUGGAAACCUAGUCUUCCUUGUUACUGGCAUUAAAGGAGAUAUGUACCAUGGCAUUGAAGCACUAGACCCAGAGAAGCUUCACGUGUUCCGCACCGUCAAGGAGAUCACAGGCUUUCUCAAUAUCCAGUCCUGGCCAGAGACCAUGACAGAUCUCAGUGUCUUCUCCAACCUGGUCACCAUAGGGGGCAGGGCUCUCUAUAGUGGCAUCUCCUUGCUGAUCCUCAAGCAGCCACAUAUGUCCUCCCUACAACUGCAGUCCCUAAAGGAGAUCAGUGCAGGCAACAUUUACAUCACAAACAACAGCCAGCUGUGCUAUUACAACACGGUCAACUGGACCAGCCUGUUCCACACGAGCAGCCAGAAGGUCCUGAUUCGCAACAACCGCGACCCCAAAGAGUGCAUCCAGGAUGGGAUGGUGUGUGACCCACUGUGCUCUGUUGCCGGCUGCUGGGGUCCUGGGCCAAACCAGUGCCUUUCCUGCCGCUUCUUCAGCAGGGGGCGCUCCUGCGUCGAGUCCUGCAGCCUCUAUGAGGGGGAUGUACGUGAAUAUGCCAACGGCUCUGUCUGCGUGGAGUGUGAUGCCCAGUGCGAGAAAAUGGAAGACAACACACCGACCUGUUAUGGACCGGGCCCCGACCACUGCACAAAGUGCCUGCACUUCAAGGAUGGUCCCAACUGUGUGGAGAAGUGUCCCGAUGGGCUGCAGGGAGCCAGCAGCUUCAUUUUCAAGUACGCCGAGGCCAAUAAAGAAUGCUACCCCUGUCACCCCAACUGCACACAGGGAUGUGUUGGACCACAGAUCCAAGACUGCAUUGGGACUAUGGACAGAAUCCCCCUCAUUGCAGCCGGGGUCAUAGGUGGUCUCUUUAUUUUGGUCAUUGUGGCAUUAAGCAUGGCCGUCUACAUUCGUCGCAAGAGCAUCAAGAAGAAGAGGGCACUGAGGCGCUUUCUGGAGACAGAGCUGGUAGAGCCCCUCACACCCAGCGGCACGGCCCCAAACCAAGCCCAGCUGCGUAUCCUAAAGGAGACAGAGCUGAAAAGGAUGAAAGUAUUGGGUGCUGGGGCCUUUGGCACAGUGUACAAGGGCAUCUGGGUACCAGAGGGGGAGACGGUAAAGAUACCUGUGGCCAUUAAAAUCCUGAAUGAGGCAACAGGACCCAAAGCAAACGUGGAGUUCAUGGAUGAGGCUCUGAUCAUGGCUGGCAUGGAGCAUCCCCACCUGGUGCGGCUCUUGGGUGUGUGUCUGAGCCCCACAAUCCAGCUGGUUACACAGCUCAUGCCCCACGGCUGUCUUCUGAACUAUGUGCACGAGCACAAGGACCACAUUGGCUCUCAGCUGCUGCUCAACUGGUGUGUCCAAAUUGCCAAGGGUAUGAUGUACUUGGAGGAGCGCAGGCUUGUACACAGGGACCUGGCAGCCCGUAACGUCUUGGUCAAGUCCCCCAGCCACAUCAGGAUCACCGACUUUGGCCUGGCACGGCUGCUGGAUCCAGAUGAGAAGGAGUAUAAUGCUGAUGGGGGCAAGAUGCCCAUUAAAUGGAUGGCAUUGGAAUGUAUUCACUACAGGAAGUUCACCCAUCAGAGUGAUGUAUGGAGCUAUGGAGUGACAAUCUGGGAAUUAAUGACUUUUGGGGGUAAGCCAUAUGAUGGCAUCCCAACCCGUGAGAUUCCAGAAAUCCUAGAGAAGGGCGAGCGGCUCCCCCAGCCACCUAUCUGCACCAUUGAUGUCUACAUGGUCAUGGUGAAAUGUUGGAUGAUUGAUGCAGAUAGCAGGCCCAAGUUUAAGGAGCUGGCAGCAGAGUUCUGCAGGAUGGCACGUGACCCACAGCGCUAUCUGGUUAUCCAGGGUGAUGACCGCAUGUUGCUGCCCAGCCCCAGUGACGGUAAGUUCUUCCAGAGCCUGUUGGACGAGGAGGAGUUGGACGAGCUGACGGAUGCUGAGGAGUACUUGGUCCCGCAUACAUUGAAUGCAGCGCCAGCGUACUACAUGCCACAGCCAUGUGUGGACUCCAACCGGAAUCAGUUUGUGUACCGAGACGGAAACUUCGUUGUACGAGAGCCGAGGCCAGUCCACUCUCAGGAUGGAACAUCACCCUCCGGUGGUCCUCUGGAGCAGCGGCCUGGGGUCCAGACCCCCGCUCUGGAUGAGGUGCACUACAAUGGCACCCUACUCAAGCAAACCUCACCUCAUCCAUCGGAGGAGAGCAGCCUCCAGCGCUACAGUGCUGACCCCACUGUCUUCCUGGGGGAGCGCGCACUUCGGGGAGAGGCAGACACUGACAGCUACAUGUCCCCAAUGCAGGACAAGACCCCUUCAGCAGACUAUCUCAACCCAAUCGAAGAAAACCCCUUUGUCUCACGGCGCAAGAAUGGAGAUUUGCAUGUAGAGGACAACCCUGCAUACAUCGGUGCCCCCAGUGGGCACUCCAAGGUGGAGGAUGAGUAUGUGAAUGAGCCUUCCUACCUCAACACUUUCCAGAACACAGGAGAGCAGGACCAUGAGGUCCUGAAGAAGAGCAGGCUUCUCCCGCACACUAUAGCUACCACCCAAAACAUGACAACCAACCAAGUUGCUCAGCCUCCUCAAGCCAGCCAUUUGCUUCACCAGGUCACUAUAGGCCAUGCCCAUCACCCCACCCAGUCUAGCCACUCAUCCCAACUUAUUCCCUCUGGCCACAAUGGCAAACCUGCUCUGCCGUGCCAUGGAUUCCACCCUCUGCACCAUGGCCAAAGCGACCAGCCAGCCAAUUCUCCCCAUCCUGGCCAUUCCAGCACCAUAAUGCCAGACAAGAAGCCUAAGAAAAUCUUUGACAAUCCUGAGUACUGGCACCACAGCCUCCCUCCUAAGGUGAGUCUGCAAAACCGAGAGCACUUGCCAGAAUGUAACAGUAAGAUGUUCUACAAACAAAAUGGCCACAUCCGUCCUGCGGGAGCUGAGAACCAAGAGUAUUUGGCCGAGUUCUCCCUCAAGCCAAACACAAUGCUGCCACCCCCUCCUUACCGGCAGCGGAACACCGUGGUGUAGCAGCAGGGAUGGGUGAACUCUUGCACUUGUCAAAACCAGGUUCCUGUGCCAAACAACUUCAUAUGAGGCUUUUGAUUCCUCCUAGACUGCAGUUAGUAGCAGUAAUCCUUGUGGAUCCCCACCUGACUGAUAUGAUGCUUGAGCAAACAUUCCUUUGUGGGAGAGGGUCACAGGACAUCAGACCUCUCAGUGACUUCUCUUCAGUGAAUUGACAUGUCAAGUUCCCAGCUAACCACACCUUUCAUCUUCCUUGUACCACAACCGCUUCUUUUGGAAAUAGAUGCUUGUUGGAUAACACAGUCUUUCUUAGACACUCCAGUCAUCCAUCUUCAUUCUUAUUACACUCAAUAUACAGUGUUGUAAUGACAUGGAUUGGUGUAAAACGCAUAAAACAGUGAAGACCAUGUGGCAGUGGAUGGGAAGUGACUACAGGGGUAAUUGAAGCCCUGAAAGUGUAGCUCUUUAAUUUUUGGCACCCUGGGGAGUCCUUACCAGUGAAGUCAGAGGUAGCUGAAAAGAAUUUGUGGAUAAACCUGUGGUGGAAUACAUUAAAUAAAUGUUUCAUUAAAUAAAUGUUUCAGAGAAAUGUAUCACCAGCUGAACUUUGUUGGAAACAUUUUAUAUUUAGGCAUAUUGUAGUUUCCGAUAUUGUCUUCACACCUUUUUUGUUUCCAUCUUCUGGGUGUCUUUUAAACAUGCAAUUUCAAUUGGCUAUAUGUCCAUCCUACCAUCACAUGACAAUUUGCUGUUUUUAUGAUAAAUAUGAAGUGGCUGAAAGAUGUUCACAUAUUAUGGUGGUAAUUUCAUACAAAAGACAUGUUUUAUUAUAUUUGUAGAGUGCAAUUAAAACCUUAAAGAUCAGUUCCAUUCCAUGUAAAAUAUGCUCAAAACACUGCUAAAUAUCACUGAAUUUUUUUUUUAUUUGUGCCAUUUAACACUCUGGUGCACACAAAAUAUUGAAUUGCCAUUGUCUCCACGCUUUUUCAUUCAAUCACAGUAGAAAUGUAGAAAAGUCUCAUAUUGUGCAGCAGCAGACUGUAAUUUGUAGUUUCAGAGCUCUGAUCUGUACUUGGGUUGUCAAGGACAGGUUUUCCUUAAGGGAUUUUUAAAAAUAUUUUAUGUUUGUGCAGCAUGACAGUGUACAUCAUCAGAUGUACAAUUUGCUGGUAAAUAUUAUAAAAUCAUAAUUCCCACAACAUAGUAAUAAGCAAUAAGCACUUUCCUGAUAGUUGUGAAAUCAGAGACCUCUGAAAAUUGUCAUUUGAAAGUUUUUGCAUAAUGCAGGGAUUAACUAAAAGAUUCAUUUUAAAAGUUUAAUGUUCCUUUCUAGUUUUAAAGCAGUGAAACCCUAAUUAAACCAGAAUAUUGUCCAAGCAGCUGACGUAAGCUUGAGGAAUUGUCUCUUGUACAGUUGUACUCAUUUGGUGAUUUCCCAGAAUCACUCGUGUCCCUCUGACUGGGUAUUUUGCACCUAUAAUGCACCUUAUUUUUCAUAAUUCCUAAACGUUUAAACAGUAUAAACACAAAUACAUCUGUGUUGCUAACAAAACAUUUGUAAAACACUAUUUUCACUGUAUCUGACAUUCCCUCUAUGUUGGUUGUGGCCUUUGUCUCCAGUUAUUUCCCUGUCAGUCAAGUGUCAACAUAUUGUUAGCCAGGUAGAUCAUGAACCAAUUCCAGCUCCCUUCCCUCAAGGCUUACUGGUCAACAGAGACUGACGACAUGAGCUUUUAUAUUCAAGUACAUUCUUCCAUCUGGCUCCAGUCAGCAAGUAAACAAGUCCUGAUCUUGUGUGCCUUAUUUGUCAUAUGAAACUUUGCCAGUUUGUCUUUUCCAUUCUAACACACAGAAACACACACAUAUGCACGUACACAUCUCCUAUGGGGAAGCAGAGACAGUUCCACCUGAGAUGUUUAAAGACAUAGCCAUGUCUGAUAGGACUAGGAGACUAGGCUGACAUUUGUAAAAGGAGCACAAAAGCAUCCAAAAAAAUUUAAUUUUGUACCAAAGGUUUGUUGGCAUUUUUUCUUUUUCUUGCUUUUAACCGAAAUAAAGCCAGAUGAGGAAUAGUUUUGUAGAGAUCAAGUACGGCAAGGAAGACCUUUAUACGUGACAGAGCUUGCAGAUGUAGCACAGCCACGUAGCCAAAGCUUGCUCUGAAACACUAAACCCACCUCAAACAUCCUCAAGGUUUCUUAUUCUAAUUGGCAUCUUUCCACAUUGUGAUUAUUUUGGUAAAUCGUCCAUAGAUUUUAUCAACAUGAGUGCAACAAAAGACACAGUUGAAAUUGAAUUUACAUAUGUAAAUAUAUUACUGUGAGUAUUGCCAGAAUUUCUUGUAAUUUGUUUUAAUAUUAGUCUCAGCAAAUUUAUUAGUCAAAUUUUCUUAAAGGCAAUAAGUCAGUCCUCUUUGACUGAUUUGUAUGAGCACUGUCCUCUUUAUCGUUCUGAUUUCUAGAUGGAACAUUAGAGGAUAUCCUUGAUUUCUGUUUCAGACAUUAACAUUGAUUUUUCUUUAACU